AUGUCCUAUUAUCCCCCCUAUUCCGGUCCGCCCGGUUACCCCCCGCAGCCGUAUAAUAAUAAUCCCUAUCCGCAGCCCUAUCAACCUCAAAUGCAGCAUCACCAUCAUUCUUCCUACGGCGGCGGCGGCGGCGGUUAUCCCGGCCAGGCCUACCGUCAGCAACAGCCCUACUACGGUCAACCCUCUCCUCAGCCGUAUGCGCAACCGCCUCCCCCGAAUUAUCAGCGCCCCUCCGGUUACGGUCCGCCGCCGAGUGGUGGUCACAUGUACCAGCAGGGCCCUCCCGCUCCCUACCAGCAGCACAACUCUUACCAGGGUGGCCACGGCCGUCCCGCGCCGCCCCCAACCGACCCCGUCGCGUUCGGCCAUGGCGCGCCCCAAGGCUACAACUUCCAAUACUCGCGGUGCACGGGGAAGAGAAAGGCCCUCCUGAUCGGCAUCAACUACUUCGGUCAGAAAGGCCAGUUGCGCGGAUGCAUCAACGACGUCAAGAACAUGUCCACCUACCUGAACCAGAACUUCGGCUAUGCCCGCGAAGACAUGGUCCUUCUCACCGAUGACCAACAGAACCCCAUGAGCCAGCCCACCAAGGCCAACAUCCUGCGCGCCAUGCACUGGCUGGUCAAGGACGCCCAGCCCAACGACUCCCUCUUUUUCCAUUACUCCGGCCACGGCGGUCAGACGCCCGAUCUCGACGGCGACGAGGACGACGGUUACGACGAGGUCAUCUACCCGGUCGACUUCCGUGUCGCCGGCCACAUUGUCGAUGACGAGAUGCAUCGCAUCAUGGUCAACCCGCUGAAACCCGGCACGCGACUGACGGCCAUCUUCGACUCGUGUCACUCCGGAUCCGCCCUGGACCUGCCGUACAUCUACUCGACGCAGGGCAUCCUCAAGGAGCCCAACCUGGCCAAGGAGGCUGGACAGGGUCUGCUGGGGGUGGUGUCGGCGUACGCCCGCGGCGACAUGGGCAGCAUGGUGUCGACGGCGGUGGGCUUCCUCAAGAAGGCGGCCAAGGGCGACGAGGCGUACGAGCGCACCAAGCAGACCAAGACCAGCCCCGCCGAUGUGAUCAUGUGGUCCGGCAGCAAGGACAGCCAGACCAGCUCCGACGCGCAGAUUCAGGGCCAGGCCACGGGCGCCAUGUCGUGGGCGUUCAUCUCGGCGCUCCGGAAGAACCCGCAGCAAAGCUACGUGCAGCUGCUGAACAGCAUCCGCGACGAGCUGGCGACCAAAUACUCACAGAAACCACAGCUAAGUUGCAGUCAUCCACUGGAUGUGAACCUGCUUUAUGUCAUGUAA